AUGAGUAUGGGGGAGAAUACGCAGAAUCAUUCAGUCUCUGAAGAGAGUAGUUCCAAGAAGCUUGCGAAUAAAAAUAAUUCAGGCGUCCCCAAGAGUGAUCUUUGGACUGAUGGGCUUAUUUGCGCCUUUGAAUUUGUUCGAGGCGCAAAAAAGCAUAUUGAUUCAAAGCCUGUCAACGGAUUGACAAGCAAACAACUGGACAAAGGUUAUUUGAAGCAAGAAGAUGGACCAACCCCCGGAUUUGGUCACAACCCGUUUGUUGAGUCCCCUGCAGUGGGUGAUUUACGGUCAAGGUCGACACCUUCUUGGGAUUUUAAAGAUGACCAUGUGCUUCCAUUAGGACAAGUUGAGAAAUAUGAGGGAAGUCGUUGGAUACCUAUUGGUUGGGCUAGAAUAUCUGAACUAAUUCAAAUGGUGCAAGUAAACGCGGAGUGGCCAAAUUUGGACUUAAUGGAUGACGAAGAGGAUGUUCCCGUUACAGAUUUAGCAGCUCCCUAUUGGGAACGACCAGGUGGCCCCACAUGGUGGUGCCAUAUGAUGGCUGGACACCCUUCGGUUGACGCAUGGCUCAAAACUGCUACAUGGUUGCAUCCUGCGAUUAGUCUUGCUUUGAGGGACGAAAGUAAGCUUAUAAGUGAACGGAUGAAACACCUUUUAUACGAGGUUCCAGUGAGGGUUGCUGGGGGUUUAUUGUUUGAGCUUUUAGGACAAUCAGUUGGUGAUCCGGUAAUCAGUGAGGAUGAUGUUCCCGUUGUUUUUCGUUCUUGGCAAGCUAAAAACUUCUUGGUAACUGUGAUGCACGUUAAAGGAACUGUACCAAACACGAAUGUUCUGGGCGUGACUGAAGUAGAGGAGCUGCUUUAUGCAGGAGGUUAUAAUGUACCAAGAACGGUUCAUGAAGUCAUAGCACAUUUGGCUAGCCGUCUUAGUCGAUGGGAUGAUAGGUUAUUUCGUAAAUCCAUAUUUGGCGUAGCUGAUGAGAUUGAAUUGAAGUUUAUGAACAGGAGAAACUACGAGGAUUUGAAUCUCUUCAGUAUCAUUCUCAACCAAGAGAUUAGAAAGUUAUCAAGACAGGUUAUCCGAGUGAAGUGGUCGCUGCAUGCAAGAGAGGAGAUAAUCUUUGAGCUUCUCCAGCAUCUGAGGGGAAACGUAGCUCGGCAUCUGUUAGAGGCUUUGAGGAAGAACACAAGGGAAAUGCUGGAGGAACAAGAAGCAGUCCGUGGACGUCUCUUCACAAUUCAAGAUGUCAUGCAAAGCAGUGUCCGCGCUUGGUUACAGGACAAAAGCCUGAGAGUAAGCCAUAACUUAGCAGUCUUUGGAGGAUGCGGUCUUGUACUUACCAUAAUCGUAGGACUGUUCGGUAUCAACGUGGAUGGUAUCCCAGGCGCUCAGAACACGCCUUACGCGUUUGGUCUGUUCUCUGCACUCAUGGUUCUCAUCGGAGCGAUUCUGAUUGCGGUCGGUCUGAUAUACUUAGGGCUCAAAAAACCCAUCACAGAAGAACAAGUAGAAGUUAGAAAGCUGGAGCUACAAGAUGUGGUAAAGAUCUUUCAACACGAAGCAGAGACUCAUGCGCAAGUCCGGAGAAACAACCUGUCUCCCACAGCUGGAGAUGUGUUUGAUGCAGAUUAUAUUGUCAUCCAGUAA